AGAGGGUGAGACAAAUGUGUCAAUCAAACUAUGAGGGAGGGAUAAGCCCCGCCCCCUGUGAGUGCAGCAGGUUAUCAUUGUCGCUAUUCAGAGUCAAGUGGAGUUUAAACCGAGUCAAAGCUCACACUGACAGGGACCUAAAGGGCCGAAGAAGCCGAGUGAAAAGACCCUGGAACGAGCUCUUAGCGGCGGAUACACGCAGCCAAGAGAAACCGCUGGAAAUACAACCAGAGUGGAGCUUCGUCGGAUACAACGAGGCCGACGGAGCAGGUGGAGUUAGGCAGAGGAGAACUCUCUCUGUUGGAUACCAGGAGGCCCGAGGAACCGCUGGAGGACUCCGGACAGUGUCGGAGAUAAAGACGCCAGAGAAGCCGCGAAAGGAGAGCUCUUGUGUCAGAGCCUCCUGUCUGAGCCAUGUUUUUCUAACGGUCCUCGACUUUGAAUCACACCUGCAGCUGACGACGACGACGACAUCGUAGCAGGAUGAACGGUUAUGAAGCUCCGCCCCCCGCCUCCAGCAUCUUUGGCUCCAGCAGCUCACACAUCAAUGGACACGACACAGAGCCCAAGAAACUCAAGGUCAAGUCUGGUGCCAAAGGCCUGUACGAACAAAGAAAACACUUCACCAAAAACAGCAUCAACAGUUUGACGGACACGUCGCAGUAUCACGUAGAGCACCUGACCACGUUCGUCUUAGACCGUAAAGAUGGCAUGAUCACGGUGGAGGACGGGAUCAGGCGUCUGCGCCUGCUGAAUGCCAAAGGGAAGGUGUGGACUCAGGAGAUACUGCUGCAGGUGGAGGAGAAGAGCGUGAGCCUCAUGGACCAGGAGACCAACAACGAGUUGGAGAGGUUUCCCAUCGGUACCGUCCAACACUGUCAGGCCGUGAUGAAGGCCUGCAGCUACGACUCCAUCCUGGCUCUGGUCUGUAAGGAGUCCGGUCAGAGCAAACCUGACCUGCACCUGUUCCAGUGUGACGACAUCAAGGCGAACCUGAUCCACGCGGACAUUGAAAGUGCCAUGAUCGACGCCAAAGGAGGAAAAGUGAAGAAACGUCCAGAGACUCUGAAGAUGAUCCUGAAAAGUGAUGGUCUCAUCCCACCUCCACCCCCUGCUCCUGCCCCUGAACCGCCCCCUCCGUCCGACCCGGUGGACGUGAAAAGUCGUGCAGCUGCGUGGUCGGCGUGGACCAGCGAGCAGCAGGACUAUGAGAUACCACAGAGUCUGUCAGACGACUAUGGCUCAGUGGAGAUGACGGCCGCCAAAGUCGACAGAGACGUGCAAAUCCUGAACCACAUCCUGGACGACAUUGAGUUCUUCAUCACCAGACUACGGAAAGCUGCCGAGGCCUUCAACGAGCUGUCCAGCAGGAAGAAGGUGAAGAAAGGAAAAAAGAAAAGUCCAGGAGAGGGCGUGCUUACUUUGCGCUCCAAACCUCCCACUGAGGACGAGUUCAUCGACUGCCUGCAGAAGUUCAAACACGCCUUCAACCAGCUGGCAAAGCUGAAGGACCACAUCCAAAACCCCAGUGCCAUGGAUUUAGUUCACUUCCUUUUCGCACCUCUGAAGAUGGUGAUCCAGGCGUCCGGCAGCCCGGACCUGGCCCGCAGCGUCGUGGUUCCUCUGCUGACCAGAGACGCCAUCGAAUUCCUGCAUGAGGCAGGGACGGCAGAAGAGAGACAUCUAUGGGUUGCACUGGGAGAUGGAUGGACGAAGUGCAGGCUGGAGUGGCCCAAAGAUCAGUAUUUCCCGCCAUGUGUCCUGACUUUUCGGGACGGCUGGGAGCCGCCAGCUUUACCGACGCCGGCUCGUGAGCGCAAAUUAGCCCAGUUAGCCGAGAGCCUAACCAGUGUAGGGAUCCAAAGACAAGACGACCAGAGCACCAGGUUGUUUCAGGAGCAGGGGGCACCACAGGCGUUUUCCUCCACAGACGGAGGUUUCGAUUCUGCUCGACCAAAACUUUUUGCCAAAUCUAAAUAUGACUUUGUGGCACGCAACAGCACGGAGCUGUCUGUGCUCAAAGACGAGGUUGUUGAGGUCCUUGACGACAGGAAGCAGUGGUGGAAGGUUUGUAACGGUGAAGGCGUGUCAGGUUACGUGCCAAACAACAUCCUGCAGGUCACCAGGUCGGUGGAUGUGACCGGCCGCGCUGAGCCCGUCUACAGCCACACCAUCCAGAAACAGACGUCCAGGACUGACCUCAUCCAAAGUAGAGCAGCGACAACGCCCACCUCCCCCUCCCCACCGGCCCCUGCCAGGCUCCCGACCCCCCCACUGCCUCCUCCAGCCGCUGAGCCCGCGAAACCCACUGCUGGCGGGAACAGCGCCAUCAGCCGCCAGAACAGUAGCACAUCCAGUGACCAGGGCACCGUCACCAUGAGGGAUCGCAACAACCAGAACCUGCCAACUUCCAACCGCAGAAAGUCCAACAUGGAGGAGGUGCAGGACGAGCUGUUGCACAGACUGACGCUUGGUCGUAGCACACAGAAGAAGUUCCAGGUUCCUCCUCGCAGCAAUCCGUCUAUCAACAUAACGUACGACUCGGCGCCUUGGGAGGUCAAAUCGUGGUUGGAAGCUAAAGGCUUCAGUCCUGUAACUAUUUCCAGCCUUGGGAUACUCACAGGUGCUCAGCUGUUUUCUCUGAAAAAGGAAGAGCUAAAAACAGUUUGUCCUGAUGAUGGCGCUCGUGUCUACAGUCAGGUGAUGGUACAGAAGGCGGCCCUAGAGAAGUCCUCAGGCUCUGAGCUACAGGAGAUCAUGAGGAGGCGACAGGAGAAACUUGCCGCGAGCACCUGUGACUCGGGGGUGGAGUCUUUUGACGAAGGCAGCGCUCACUGACUCCCUCCCUGUUCCUCACCUCCUGUCUUUUGUCCUCCACUGGCUCUGUGCUCUUUGCUCUCAGGCUGCAGCAGACCACGCCGAGUUUGUGGAGAUCAUGCGUCGCAGACAGGAAGUCUUCAGUUCGUCGCCAUAGACUAAACCUACCUGGAAAAUGUUUUGACCAUUAAGAAGGUCAUGUGACCACAAGGGGGAGCUGUUAAAGUUCAGACAUGAGAAAACAAUGUCUUUCAGAUGUGCAAGACUUUUGCCCUCAAUCUGGCCGACGCGCAUUCCCAACAAAUUGGUUGCGCCACACUAAUGGCUAACGGACUAAUGGCUGUGAUUAGUGGAGUCAUUUUUCCAAGAAUCCAAAUUUUCUUAAUCAUAAAUUUGGAAGACUGGUGGAUCAGGUCAGUUCAAAUCAAAUGAACCAAUCAAAUCGCUGGUCCAACAGGAUCUAUUUAGGAUUUUGUGCCAAUUAUUUAUUUAUUACCUUCACAUCCAAUAAUUCUUCACCUACAAACCACUGCAAAAAAAGGGGAAAUACCACAAACAAAAACUAAGAAAAAAAGAUUGUAUUAGUGAAGUAUAAAACUACGAACUACAGACAUGACCUUAGAAGAGUUCAGCCCUGUUCAUAAAGAAUAUACUGAGAAAAUCUGAAACAGAUGAUGAAUAACUACCGAUAGAGUUGUUUUAGACAUCGUUAAGAAAAUGUAAAAUAUAAAUAAAACAUGAAUGUACAUCUUAGAUUUAGCACAAACAAUUACGUCAAUCUUUACAUUGAUGUUACUAAAGCUCAACAUUUAGUAAUUUAUUAAUAGAUGUUCUUUCUUAAUAGAAGUGAACUACAGAAAAAAGUAAAAAUAAUUAUAAUUUCAAAUAUUUUCUAAUUUAUGAUUACUAUGUGAUUUAGUUAUUAGAUUAAUCGAUCAGCAGCAUCUCUGCAUAUUCAUCAUAAAAUGGAGUUUUGAUCAGGUAUGUUUUUGAGCUGCUGCUAGCUAAACACUGCUCAUUUUGAUUCUAAGAAUGUUUUUUUUGGGGUCCCACCCACAGUGAAAGGUCAGUCAUCAUAUUCCCCACCGAGGUGGCGUUCGCGCAGGUUCACGAACGCAUUCUAAACUUUUGCAGUCAAAAAAAUUGUAUUUGUAAUUUGGGGAUAUAGAUCAGAGUGUCAUCUGCAAAUAAACUACAGCAAAAUUUGAUUGAUGUGAGAAUCAGUGUUUAAUGAUCUGGACUCACCAUUGUGUAUAUGAGUAGUAGAUGAAUCACUGCUGUUAGUGAGUAAAGAAGCAAAAAUGUCUCUAGUCAAACUUGUCAGGAACAAACUGUUCUCGAGGCCAAUCACAGAAAAAAUACUACUUGCAUUUGUAUGCGUCUAGUUUUCAUGGUGCCUUUUCCAUUUAAGACUGUCCAUUCUGCAAUAAAACGUUAGUGAAAAUCAUUGUUAUGUUUUUUUGGUACCUGACUGAAGUUGCACACUAACUUCUUUAAAUUGCUAAAGCCAUGUGAUGAGUGCAAAUCUGUGCGUGGACCUAUUGAAAACUUCAAAAAAGGUGUACUUCAGUACAAAAUCUGUAGUCCACUAUAGUGAUUAUUCCUGAAGCAGUAUUUAUUGUACUGUGUUUGCCUUUGUUAAAGCAGGAGAUUAAGAUGAUGUUAAUCUAAUAAAAACUGACAUAAAAUAGA